GUAUUUGUGCAUAAAGUGGAAAAGUAGGCUUGUACUUAUUUUUUCAAUUUGCUUAUUUGAAAUCAACAUGAUUUUAUUUCAGUCAAUGACUAAAUAUAAAACUAGCAACAUCGCGUGUUAAGUGAAAUCCUAAAAGCAAAAUGUCUGGACGCGGAAAAGGAGGAAAAGUUAACGGAAAGGCCAAAUCCCGCUCGACUCGUGCCGGACUUCAAUUCCCGGUCGGACGCAUUCACCGUCUGCUCCGCAAAGGAAACUAUGCUGAUCGCAUCGGAGCUGGUGCUCCAGUUUACUUGGCUGCUGUAAUGGAAUACCUCGCUGCUGAGGUUCUCGAGUUGGCUGGCAAUGCUGCCCGUGACAACAAGAAGACUAGGAUCAUUCCUCGCCAUGUCCAGUUGGCCAUCCGCAACGAUGAAGAGUUGAACAAGCUGCUAUCUGGUGUUACUCUGGCUGAGGGUGGAGUGCUUCCUAAAAUCCAAGCAGUUCUUCUACCCAAGAAGACCGACAAUAAGGCACCCAUCUAAAAGAGAAUAAAGAACAAGCAGCAAUA